GCACGACAUGCAGCCCCGAUGACCUUAAUUACACCCCUUCCCCCCGACCCCACUUUGCAGGAAUCCUCUAGGAUUUUUUAUAAAUUCAACCAUCUUGCUGCAACUUUAUACGAAACUAUAACGUUAUCACAACCACCUGAAUAAUCAUCGGCAGGUAUACCAAAGCAGCGACACAAGCCUACAAAGCAACGCCACAGAUCUGCUCGCAACCCAGCACUGUCAAUAACGCUCUCCUUCACUAGCCCGCUUCCAAGAGCUAGUUUCCCUAAUACCCAUCCAGCUGACUAAUAGCUCAAGCCUCAGCUUCCCCUAAGAGCCUUCAGCUUUCAGUUUCCAUUCUACCUCUUGAUGUCCACCCCCCUCAAUCCCACCUACUUCGGUUACAUCGGCUCCACCAAGGAUGCCCUCCUCGUGAUUCAGGCCACCCUUAACCAACAGCUCCACGCGGUCCCCCGUCGCCCUCACGACCGCGAACGCAACGCGCUCAUCCAGUCCGGAAACUGCUUCGUCUUCUCUGAGGAAAAGUCCGGGAUCAAACGCUGGACCGACGGCAUUGCGUGGUCGCCCUCGCGUAUCCUCGGUCGCUUCCUUGUCUACCGCGAGCUUGACCGCUCCGCCUUGAGCGAAAGCGACGACCGCAAGAAUAAGCGCAAGAAGCUGACGAGCAGUGCGAGCGGUCAACAGCUCGCUGCGCCACUCGCAUACGACUCGCACAUCUCGCCACAUGCGCAGAGCGCGAGUAUGAACACCGAGACCGGCCGCCAACUUGUGGGCUCGCUUGUCGCAUCCUACGCCUUCAAGGAGCAAGGCCUCAUUAAGAAGACCUUGUCGCUUACCGUUGCACACCGCAGUCGCGGCGCCUCCGCGGCCCCAGAGGUGCUCCACCUCAUUUCCUAUUACAACGCAGAUGACGUCAUUUCCGGUAAACUCGUGCGUCCGCAAGACUCCACCCUCAGCACGUCCAUUGCCAUCAGCGACGACCUCUGGCUCGCGGUCAAAGAGUCCAGUUUGGGCGGAAAGAUCCCGAUCGAGGACGAGGCGCAUUACUUCAUCGACGGCAAGUUCCUGCAGGCCACGGCUCCCGUGCGCAAGAAGUCCUCGCCGCCACCGCAGCCUCUCCUGUACUACGGGAAUUCGUACCAGCCACCACAGACGCAGACCUUUGGUCAUUUUGACGAAUACCCGGCCCAGACCCAGCAGUACUACGGGAACCAACCCGACGCAUACUCGAUUGGAACCAAAAGAAAGUCGGUCUACUCUCCUACGUCCAAACCAAAGUCGCCGGAGUUAGUGUCCAGCAGCUUCCCGCCGGUCGCCACGGCAAACCAGCCAUCCUGGUACACGUACGGGUCUCAGGCCCAGUCUCAGCCACAGCCUCUGGGCUUCCCGCCACUCGCGGGAACGCAGUACUUCCUGCAGGGCGUCGCCUCGCCGACAUUACCGCUGCUCUCGCAGCACGCUGAGAGCUACCCGUCGGCGCCGCCAAGCCAGCAACUGUUACCGCACUUGUUCCAUAGUCUGUCGGUGAGCAGUGGUGCCGAGCUGUAUGGAUACCCCCAGAACAACUUCUACCCGGGUACGCGCAGCAGCUUUGGGUACUCAGGAGCCCAGCAGCCGCCACAACAGUACAACAACAGCGGAAACAACCGCUGGUACAACGACUCAGCCUUAGGCCAGAGCGCCAAUAGCACUAGCGGUGCAGGUUCAUUGCUAGAAGCGAAGGAGCCGGCAGGGCCCUCCGGCUCCACCCUGGCUACAGCUCCGGCUCCGGCCCCCUUGGCUGCGGGUUACUAUAACCACUAAGGGUGCCUGGAAUUUUUUUAUACUUUCUCCAGGGGUACUGGAUACCUCUGUAGUGGCAUUCAAUACCUCUCCGUUGUGUUUUAAUGGUAUUUUUCUGCGUGUUUUGAUGGUACCUCUCCUUGUUUC